UAAAUUGAUCAUAAAUCCGAAGCCUAAACACCCAAGUAAUUAUUGAAAAAAUCAAACUAUUAAACUCGACCGAAAUGGCGACGACAAUCAAACAGUCGUGAAUAAAACGAAAUUGUCGAGGCUCAGCUCUCUACAGAAGUGAUAAUCACUAUCCAUUGACAUGAAGCACAAGUAAAGAAAAAGUCAAAAACAACACGAAUGCACGUCGAAAAAUCUACCCGCGUAAAUUGAAUCUCGCGGGUCAAAAUCAGGCACAGAAGAAGAAGAGGAUAGCAAAAAAUCUACAGGGUAAUUAAAAAGGAAAGGAAAAAAGAACCUCCAAAAUGAGUUUCUUUAACUCGCUCCAGCAAUACGUCAGCGACAGCGUCGCCAGCUUGAGUUUGAGCCCAAAAAGAUUCUCGUUUAGUCGCGAGGAUUCUACUCAGGGUGGACCUGGCCGCAGUGGAUCGACGGGAUGCGUCACGUCCACCACGAACACCAACACCGUCACUCAGCCGACGAUUCCCCAUGGAUUUCCAAAGGUCGUUCCUCCCCCGGGUACGGUCACUUCGCCACACGCGCGUUCCUUGUCGACGCGUCGGCAAACGCUGGAUUGCACUUCAGGCUCAGGACUCACCGUGCAUCCCAACUCCGUCGGAGGGAGCAUAUCUCCUCGACGAGUUGGCUCCUUCAGACGAAAUGUAGCCCCGACGGACCGUCCGCCGCUUACUUUCUGUCGCAGGAGGCCAUCAUGGCCGGAAUUCGACAUCCAAGCAACAUCUGAGGUUCAGGAAACCGACGGUUCGUUCUUCGAAAGCUUCACCGCGCUGUCAUGGAAACAGGAGAACCGACGUCUUAUGGUGCUGCAGGAGGUGGAGGGCAGGGCGGAGGUCCCACCCCCGCCCUCGAGGGAGCAGGUCUUAAACAGCGCUCAGAACUACAGACUCAACAAGAAAGAGAUGGAGCAGUUGUAUAUCGAAGUGCUUUACACGAUCGCGAACACGGUCGGUGCCAGCACAGGACAAUACGCCCACUACAAGGAGGAUCUCUACAGAUAUGCCCAGGAAGCCUUCGGUGUUCCACAAGACCAGCACCGGCGUUGCCUCAAUAUCGCUUCGGAAGAAAAGCCACCCAUCGUCGUCCUAAGUGUCGUCGUUAUCGAAGCGGAUGGACUCGAGGCGAAAGACGCUAAUGGCUUCAGCGACCCCUACUGCAUGCUGGGUAUUCAGCCCGGUAAUGGCGGAGCACCACUCAGUCCUCAACCAAAUUUGAGCGCCCAUUCACCGCACACACCGCCGGCGUCACCCAGACAAGCGACUCGGGCUUUAUCCGACGGUGGUGACAACGACAAUUCUCAUCACGAGAAGCUGAGGAAGCAUCACAGUUUCAGGUUAUCUUUCAAGCGUAAGGAACACGGAAGUCGUCGUGAGCAUCGAGACUCACUCGGCGGAGCUGUUCCAGCAAAGUACAUUCGUGCCACGUCAGUAAAACCGCACACGCUGAGUCCACGGUGGGAGGAAAAGUUUCGCUUCGACAUAGAUGACAUAAAUACGGAUAUUUUGCAUUUGGAUAUAUGGGACCACGACGACGAAUCUUCGGUGUUUGACGCCGUGAGCAAGCUAAAUGAGGUUCGUGGAGUCAAGGGCCUUGGAAGGUUCUUCAAGCAGAUCGCUCAGAGCGCGAGAUCCGGUAGUCAGGACGACUUUCUCGGAUGCGUCAACGUGCCACUCCAAGAUAUUCCGAGUACGGGACUUGACUGCUGGUAUAAACUCGAGGCGAGGACACAGCGCAGCAACAUUCAGGGAAGGAUCAGACUCAAGCUCUGGCUAUCGACUCGCGAGGACAGAGGCACCUCCGAAGAGGACAAUUGGGGGGAGUUGAGGCAGCAAGAAAGGCUCUACACUAUCUUUCUUAAUCACGAGAUGAGCAAACAAGGGAACGAGUUCACGGGAGAGCUGCCUCAGACCGCGCUGACGAUCCUGCAUCAGCAUGCAGUUCAAGGGGAUGUUACGGAACUCCAGCAAGCCUUGAUUAGGUGGAUGGCCACUUCGAGGCAGCCGGGCGUGGACCCAAGAACUCUGCAUCGUUUGUUACAGGAUCUGGACUCCCUGUGGCCAACAGACACGCUUUCCAGAGACGAAGAGCAGUGCUUGGCCGACUCUUUCAACGUCUUUCUGGAAAUGGCGUUGAACCAGGUUCGCCAGCAUCGCGUGCUCUUCCCACCCCUCCACAGACCGGCAAUCGGAAGGCUGGACUACCUGUUAAGGUGUCUUGGUCUGCUCUCAAACAUGAAGGCCUUCUGGAAGUGCUGUCCUUUCAACAAAGAAAUCCGAGGCGAAAUCAUCACCGCGCUUAGGAAAGGGACACACGACUGGUACGAGGAGACAAUGAACCAGACGAUGUACUAUGACCGUGAGCCUGACCAGGACGCGGAUAAAGUGUUACAAGAUUUUACCAACUUGGUAACGACGUUGUUAGUCGAUCUCCAGCAAGGGUUGCACUACUACAAUAGUCUCUUCGAGAAUACAAACGGAGUUCCUUACUUCUCUGCCGUUUACAAGCAGCUGGAGAAAUUGCUGGCGGAACACGUGGCGACACACAUGGAGCACACAUCAGAGGUGCACAAUGAACUUGGCGCUCGAGUUACGGCGGCUUGUCUUCAGCUCCAUGGGCAGGGUCGCGACGAAGAAUACGUCCUUCCCCCAGGAGCCGAGAUCGGGACACCGAUCUUUGAACUGUACUUAGCUCUCCAAGAAUUCGUCAAUAUGAAAGACCAUCUACCGCAAUCAGAUCACAAGAGUUUGGCGAUCUGUUCUUACUAUCAAUGGUUUGAGCCGGCCGUCGACAAGUGGCUUGAUCUAGCAAAGUUAAAGGCCAUGCAGAGGAUCAGACGAGCUGCUGAUCUUGACCGUAUAUGUACAGGCGAGCUUAUCGUUAAGCACUGCACAUCCGCAGUUGAUGCAACCGCGUGUUUCUACCAGAUAAAAGAAUUCUGGAAACAAUUAGCCUGGCCGGAUUUACCAGGUUCAUACAAUUUCGUCUUGAAGAUAAUCGACGCGAUCUGUAGUGCCGCCAACUACUACGCAGAAUUGACGCAUCAGAAAUUGGCCGAAAGUGGCUACUACGAAGAAGUGAUUCCGUACAAAACAACAGAUGAGGUAAUCGCACAGAUGUGCGUCGCUAUCAACGGUCUGGAGUACGUAAGGCGUUGGCUCUUGAGUCUUGGAGAGGAACUGAACGUCGAAGGAGUUCUAAAGUCUCUCGAGGGUCAGGCUGGUGACUCGGUCAGACUCCAAUGGCGCCAUGCGCUGGUCUCACCUCUGGACCAAACUCCAGGCCAAAUGCUCUUGUUCAUCAAUCAAAUUAUAUCCAGAAUCGGAGCGAAGAUGAGGGCUCCGCUCAAAAAAACGAUGUUUCAUCUCGCCUGGUCUCCGGAUUCACUUCCCACUUCUGAAGCCAUGGCACCACUCUUGGAAUAUUUGGAUAUUCACUUGGUGACAUUGAACUCUUCCCUCUUGGCGAUUAACUUCCAUAGGGUCCUGCAGGAUGUUUGGGAAGUUGUUUUGAGCGAAUUGAGCAACCAGAUGGAUGGCAGUACUGGGGACAAACCCGCAGUAUUUUACGAGAGACUUCACGAGGCUUUGGAUCUUCUCGUGGAUUUCUUUCACGCCGAAGAAAAGGGUUUGCCACACGAGGUUCUUCGAUGCGAAAGGUUCCUUAACGUCGAGGAAAGGCUGCAGUACCACAAGACUGACACUGCCCUUCUCAUAGAUAGAUAUUAUCAGCAAAGAUUGCAGGACCAAAUAAACACGGACGCUGUUGAGUACGGCGUUCUAUCGGUGCGAGCGUAUCUGAACCACGAUUCACUCUGUGUUGAGGUUCUGAAUGCCCGAGAUGUAAUACCCCUGGAUCCGAACGGAUUUAGCGACCCUUUCGUUAUCAUUGAACUUUUACCCCGAAGGGUAUUUGCACAUUGUGCCGAACAACAGACCAACGUCCAAAAGAGAACACUCAAUCCAAUGUUCGACGAAUGUUUCGAGUUUUCCGUGAGUGUAGAACAAUGCCGAAGUCCCGACGCAAUGAUACUUUUCACCGUCAUGGAUCACGAUGUUUUGACGGCGAACGAUUUUGCGGGGGAAGCCUUCCUCGGCCUGAGCAGCAUCCCUGGCGUCGCGGACUCGAAUGCUAGCAUAGACAACUUCCAUGGGCUCAAGCAGCAGGAUCUGCCACUGAUGCAUCAGAAGAAUAAAAAUCAUCCAAUCCUGCAAAUUCUGGAGACCCGAACAGGCGACAAAUUGGCCUUGGACUUUGUAAAGAAGCAGAAAUUGCGCUUUGCCGCGACGUAGUCGAGUUUUCCAUCUAUUCGAAUAAACCACGAGAUAUCUGACCAUUUGGUGGUUGACACAAUCAAUAAAGAACCAAUCAAAAUCCAUCCCCUAAACCCACUGUUUUGCAGAGCUAUAUAUAAUAUAUAUAUACAUAUACACGUAUAUGGAUGUAUAUAUUUAUGCAUGUAUGUAUGUACAUGUGUAUCUUAUUAUACAUGUAGCA